UGGGCCCAGGCCAUUCCGUGGCGCUCCCAAGUGACUUGCACAACCCACUGCUCUACCAGUUGUAUCCUCCCUCGCCGCUUGACAGAGUUAUACAUAUGUAUGUAUUGGAACAAUUUGUUCAAAGUUUUCAUGGGGGUGUCGCGCGAUCUCAGAGAGUGUUCAAGCCCAGAGGUGUCCUGUCUCCUGUCUAGGCGAUACCACAUCCGCUGGAAAAACAAGCCCAGUUUCGGUCUCGAGUACGAAUCGAGUAGACAGUUGUCGGAUGGUUUUCAUAACCCGUUAUCCUCUGAUGGUGUGGGUUGGGUGGCUGCUGUUCGAGCAGGUGAAAAUUCUGCAUGUCGGCAGCCGCCCGCACCACUUUGGAUUCUUUCGGCUUCCUCUCCCCAAAAUGAGAGGUGCUUGACGAAAGCAAUUACCCAGCGUACUCGCUCGGGGUUUCCCAGAUUUGAUGCAUUUAGCAUCCUAAUGGUGUGACGGCCUGGUCACGUGGGUUGACUAUCACGUGUAGCGAUGUUGCUUGCUUUGUUGUUGAUAGCAGCAUUCCCUUCUUUCCCCCUUUUCUUCUUUCCUCAUGUUGAUAAUUCUCGUCGAUAGCUACCUAGGUACAACACAUGAGUUGAAGUUCCAUUAUCCUAGCUGAGCUCCGUGACAAAUGG